AUGAAUAAUACUAAUAACAAUAAUAAUAAUAACAAUAACAGCAGCAGCAGUGCUUCUCUCGCGGAGGGUAUUCCCGCUGCGUGGGUAUCUACAUUACGGCCAUUCUUACAACGUGCGGAUGAGUUUGACUCUCGUGUUCCCGUCGUGGCGUAUUUCCUCCGCACACACGCCGCCUUUCUCGCCAUGCAAUUACACAAACAACAGAAAUCAACAGCAGCUGCUGGAAGUAAUAGUAAUAGUAAUUCCAACAGUGAUCUUCAUAUUAAUAAUAAUAAUAAUAAUACAGCGGGGUGUAAACAAUAUCUACUUCGUCUCUUAAAUGCAUUGGAGCAACAAAAACAACAACUCGCCGAGGCUCUCACUGGAGUGGAUGGCCGUACGAUAUUAACACGAUAUGCAUUAAUGUUAUUUGCACAAGCCGAUGAUGCGGAACGAUCCGGUGCGGGGGCUUCGCUGCGAUUAAUUCAACUUUUCUUUACGGCUUCUAUUCUCUUUGAUGCCACUGCACAGUUUACACCGGAUGGAUGUGUAGAUAGUGUGGCUGCAGAGAAACGGAAUUACGCCCGAUAUAUCGCUAUUCGUAUGAAGAAAGCCUUAGAUACAGGUACACCGUAUGUAAGUCCAAAUAAGAAUGAACAUACAUUUGAAGAAGAAGAGGGAGAAGAAGGAGGUAAUUUACAUAAUGAAGAAGAUCCUUCUCCUCCUCCUCCUCCUCCUCCUUAUCACUAUAAUAAUAAUAAUAAUAAUAAUAAUAAUAAUAAAGAAGCGGGUGGAUAUAAAACUCAACCCUUUCAACAUCAUCAAUAUCAAUCAUCUCCAGUAGUAUCUCCUCCUCCUCCACCAGUAGUAACAACAACAACACCUCCACCGCCUAGUUACUCUUCACUUCCUCCAUCCUCUUCUACACAUACACCACAGAAUAAUUGGAAAGCGAAUACUAAUACCACUGUUAAUAGUAAUAGUAAUAGUAAUAAAAGUGGUAUUGGUAGUGGAAGUGCACCUUCCAUAGAGGCGAUGAUUACAGCACAGAAGUAUUGCAAACAGGCGGUGAGUGCAUUGCAGUUUUAUGAUCAUGCCAGUGCUCGUCAACAGUUACUCUCCGCAUUGGAUGCCCUUGAUGGGAAGUUGAAGAAAUAA